UGAUUUAUCCAGCCGAAAGUUUCAGUCAUGUUUGCGACACAGUGCUAAUUUACAUGUGAUUUUGCUUUCUACCGCUCCUAUAAACAAACCAAAUAUCUGUACAGAAUAUCAAUUGAGCUAGCUGUUACAAGAUGGAUCCGAACGGAAACGAUAGGCAGGAUUCUGAUCCGGAUGAAGGGAUUGAGCUCUAUGAUGAUGAUAACGACAUGCCUGCAGAUGACCUGGUCAAUGACAUGGGUGAUAUGGAUUUCUAUGAAUACGACGAGCAGGAUGAGGAGGCAGAUGAUGGUGACGAAGGGAGAGGAAUAGAUGAAGAAGGAGCCAUGGCAGCUGCAGCUGCAGCUCCCAGGGACGAUGCUGUCACUUGCUUUGAUACCCAUUCUGGUGCUGUGUUCUGCUGUGACAUCCAUCCUGCUGGUGGAUGUUUGGCUGUCACUGGAGGGGAGGAUGACAAGGCCUAUAUCUGGAAUACGACCACAGGAGAGUCAGUUUUAGAAUGCACAGGGCACAACGACUCAGUGACAUGUGUUUGUUUCAGCUAUGAUGGAGAACUGGUUGCUACGGGUGACAUGAGCGGUGUUAUUAAAGUGUGGAAGCUGGCAGACAAGGAUGAGAUCUGGACCUACGAAUGCUCAGAUUUAGAGUGGUUGACAUGGCAUACUGGUGCCAACAUUCUACUUGGAGGCACUGUAGAGGGCAGUGUUUGGAUGUGGAAGAUACCAUCUGGUGACUGCAAGAUGAUGCAAGGACAUGGAUCUCAUCUGACGUGUGGAAAAAUCUUCCCAGAUGGAAAGAGAUGCUGUGUAGGGUAUAAAGAUGGAUCUGUCAAGAUGUGGGAUUUGAAACAAACUAACACAGUAUUUCAUUUCAAAGAUAUUAAUGGACAUGCGGCAGACGUGACAACAUUAGACUGUCACCAUGACAACAUCGUAGCUUUGUCAGGUUCAGUGGAUGGCACAGCCAAGCUACUCAGUAGUAACACAGGAAAGGUUUUAGCCACAUUUUCUGGUGGUGCAAUCAAAGAAGACAUUGGAGAAACAAACUCAGUGGAAUCAGUGGGCUUUUCACCCAGUCAGCCCCUUGCUGCCUUGGGCUCCCUAAAUGGCAUGCUGAGUAUCUGGGAUAUCCCUACACAGAAGCAAAGGCAUCAGUGUGACCACGGGGCGGGCAUCGUGAGACUAGCCUGGGACAUUGAAAGUCCAAUGAUCUUCACAGCUGGUCUGGAUGGAAUGGUCAAGCUAUGGGACAGUCGGUCAUCAGAGAAGGUUGCAUCCUGGAUGGGUCACCAGGGAGAGAUUCUGGACCUUGCGAUCAGCAGGGAUGGUAACACCAUAGUAACCGCAUCAGGAGAUACAUCAGCAAGAGUUUUCAAGGUCCAGCAACCAGACAGAUAGAACCAGACUGAGAUCCUACAUUCAUUUUUUUUCUUGUCUUAUUGUUGAAGACAGAUACAACUAUUUUAUCGUGAACAAAUAAAAAGCUACCAGUAUUUUUUAUCAUGUCUUAUCGUACUGGGGCAUUUGUAUGUAAAGCAAAACUAUCUAUUUUACUACCUAGAAGCUAGCUUAUGGUAUAUAUGUCAUCUGUUUGGAAGACUUAAUGCAGAACUUACUACAGUGUAUUGUAAAGGUCAAGGAAUUUUUGAAGAUGCGCUCAAGAUUGAAUGUAAAGGUAUAUAUGGAGGUAUGACAUUUGCACAGCUUUGGAAGUUUUAUGGAUGAAUUUUGUCAUCACAAAAAUAAAUAUGUUUAUUAAGAUUGAGUAAACUGACUAUCAGGAUGUUUGUACGAUGACAAAAGAAGACCUUGAUGUAAGGGUUGUUAUCGGUCAAGCCAAUGUUAGUAUUCUGUUGUGAUGAUACUUAGUCCACAAAUGAUCCCUUGAAUAUGUACAAAAUGCUGCACCCUAAAUGUAAAAGAGAUAAUUGCCCAAGUGUAGGCUUGAGACCUGGGUGGUGUUUCACAAAGCCUUUUUUCAGUGACAAAUCUGCUGAUAACCAAUCAGAAGCAAGGAUUUCAGAAGCUUAUAACAACAACUGUCAUUUGUCACUGAUGACAAGUUUUGUGAAACACCCCCCUGGUGAUGGUAUCAUAAAGUGACAAUCCUAGUGAGCAGAUGCACAUCUGAAAGAACUCAAUCUUCACAUGUACAAUACUAUUAGUACCGGUAAAUCAUGAUAUGUAUAACACUUUAAGGUUUACUGGUUAGUCAUUCCAGAAUACACAGUUAAUUUAUGUUGGUCAGAGGAUUAGGAUUUUAUGCAGGAAAAUUAUGUACCGGUAUGGUGUACAUACAAUGAAACUGCAUUGUGUCAGGUUUUUAGGAAAAGUGGAGAGAUAGUACUAUACUUGAUGCAUACGUUUGUCCCAUGUACCACUUUUUAAACAUCAGAUUGAGUUGGACAUUUUCCUGUAAGAAUACAGAGGUCAUGGGUUCAAAGGAAUUUGACCUUCAUUGCUCCUCUCCAUCCAGGUGAUAAAUGGGUAUCCGGUAAGAUGUCAAUGUCACUGGUUAAGCAUUUGUGCACAUGUGAAAUGGCAGCUGGCUAGUAAUGAUUCCCCUGGCCAGUGGAGCGGAGAGUGUGCAAGGUAAAGUGGAGUAUCAAAAUUGUUCUAAAUGACGGGGGUAAAUGAUACAUUGUAAGUGUUCAUGUAAACAAAAGGUAAUGAUAGCUAGCGACAUAUGGACAGGUGAUUCUGUUUAUAUACGGCUGGAUCCUUGACAAGUUGGACUAUGUCAUAACGACUUCCACUGGGGGAAUUAGUACUACUUUAUUGACUGAUUGAUUGUUUCAUUGAUUAAUUGAUUGUUUGAUUGCAGGAGGUACAUUCACGGAUGAUUGACUAUUCAUGAAAUGAGAAUUAAAAAAUCAUCUGCUGUCUUAAAGAAGGCCACAAGUGCCAGGUAACGUUACUGACAGUCAAGGCCUUUUUGAAGGCAGACGUUGGUAUCAUGUGCUCAACGCAAGAAGGACAUUAACUCUUAUUAUUUCACACAGGGUAAAUACCCUUUGUCCUGUAAACAGACAGAAUUAUGGUUUACUUCAGAGUUAGACUUCAUUGCUUAUUCAAGAAAUCCAAUCAUUGUUUUAAAUCAGGAACAGAACUCAGAAAUUCUUUUACAGCAUAUCAAGACAUCUUUUAAUUUGUUUAUAACAGUUUUAAUGUGAUGCGUUAUAAUGACUAUAUUUGAAGCAAACUGAUUGCCAAACAGAUUUAAUCAUUAUUAAUCAGAUCAACAUUAUUCUUGAUAGUAGAUGAAAUUGUUGUAUUUUAGUACAACAUGAAGUAUUAAUCGAGUUUCCAUUAUAACAUAUUGAAACCUGUGUUGGUAUGUUUGCAAGACUAUACACUAUAUAUGUGUUUUAUCAAGACACGGCACAUUGGCAUGUUUAGAAAGUAUGGCACCAGUUACUUGUAUCCUACAUUGCAACGUAUUACUCUCAAUCAUGUUGCAAUUUUGAUAUACAUGUAUUGUCACAUUUCAUAUGUAUUUUACAACAUUUCAGUAUUGAACAAGGAGUGGAAAGAGAAGAGAGACUUAGGAACAUGUACCGUACAUGUAUACUAUUCAUAUGUUUCCAGUUAUAGGGGCACAUCAUUAUUUCCCACCAUUUUGCUAUAUAUCUUUGGCGUAUGGAAUUGUGAUAAAAUGUUUUUGAGUAACUAGUAUUGAUUAUCCAUGCAAAAUUUCAUGAGCUGAUCUGACAACAUAGCUCAGUUGAUAUUUGGGUUGUGAGACAAUUUAUGUAAAUUAAUUUCUUGGUUCAGCAAUUUAUCAGGAUAGCUUGGCUAAAACUGAGCUACUAAAAGUAUCAAGUGAUUAGUGCCCCUUGGGGGAAGGUACUGUAUAUAUCCCAUCAUUGUAUCUUGAAUACCUGGUAAGAGAUUUAACUUACAUUGUUUUUAUAUUAAAAAGCAUCCUUAAAGGCAUCGUUUAACAAUGUUAAAUCUGAGAUCAGAUGCAUGGCCCUACAUGUUAUCAGUGUCUUUGAUAUGGUGUAAUAUUGAAGCCCUAAAAAUUCCUUUGAACCAUUUUUUACUUCACCAGGAACGUUAUUGUAUCACUAUCAGGAUGAAAGAAUUAACAGUAUUCAAUAAGUCCUAUUCAGAUCAUUUUAAGUUAUCUUUUAUAACACAUCUAUUCAAAGAGACUCUUUAAGUGUCCAGGUUCAAAGAGCCUCUUUAAGUAACCAGGAUGUUCCUUUGUUUCUCUCCUGGUCUCGGUGUUUCUUUGUGAGAACUAUUUACAAAGGGACACUGAAGUGCUUCUUUUGUAGUAUUUGUAGACAUAUUUAACCAUUCCCUUCUCAGUACAAACCAAGUAGUAGCUUGAUUGCUUUUAAAGUAUAAAUAUCAUAUAUCAAACGAUGUACAGAAGAACCUUAUUCUGACAAAUUCCCUAGAUUAUGUUUUUAAACUGAAAUCUUAUUCUAUGUUUUUAAGACGAGAAAAGAAUACUUAUACAAUUAAAUUCAACUGUUGUUUGUAAAUGAGUCAAUGAACCAUUAACAAAACAAAAAAAAAGGGGGGGGGGGGGCUCAUUCCACCAAUUUGCCAGACUAUAUGGCACAUUUGCUGGUUCUUGCAGUCAAAGGUUUCCAAUGGGCACUUUGCUCAUAUUUUUUUUUUUUUUUUUUAAAUUUGUUUUCUUCAUUUCUUAUAGUCACUGCAUAUUACCAGUAGGACUUGUAAAAUGACAAUUCUGCCUCCUAAGCUACAUCUAUCAAGGAUUCCAUUUUCUUUUCUGAACAUAUUUUUAUGAAUGUCUUACUUUGUCAUGCUCUUUGUAUUACACACAGAGGAAAUAAAUAAUAUUUGAAUACAAUGCAGCCA